AUUUUUCAACUUGAUGCGUUAAUUUUUCGGUGAUUCGAACAGAGUUACACCCGUUCAACAAUUCACGAUUCUCUGAUAUUCUUAUUGAACACCAAUUUAUUGGUUUAUUGAAUAAACGAAAACUCGGCUAGAAUUAUAAUUGUUCUCGUAAGAAAAUAAGAAAUUGAUUGAUAUUACCCUACGGAGAUUUUUUUUUUUUUGGUGACGACAAUACCUUGAUUAGUUUAAUAAAAAAAAUUCUCACUAAGAUGAUCGACCCAUCUUGCAAACUAUUUUCUGAAAAAUUGAUGAAAUGGGCGUGUACCUAAAAUGAUGAUAAACUGGAUGGAGUACUUAUGUAUAGUGAAUCUUGAACGGACCAACCAUGAUUGAGAAAUUCGUAGGAUGGGCGGGGAUGAUGCGAUCAUGGGCAUAUUACCGGAUUAGUGGCAUUACCCUUGGCCCUCGAGAAUCCCAAUUUUACCCCCGUGCCGACCCCCGUGGCUUUUUGAUUAAACACGGUUCGUCAAACUCCUUUCCAUCUGCCCUAUAGAAAGUUGAAGUUUUGCUUUUGCUUUUAGCAAUGCUACUGUUGUGGGGCCCACAGUAGUAUCAAUUACAUUGUUGUUAUUGGACCAGCGGAGAUUUCCCUACAGAUAAUACACUGGUAUAAGAGCAUUUACAAUACACCGUAGGUAUGGAAUAGUAUACAUCUAUUUAAACGGUAUUCGCCAAAAGGAGAACCCCCUCGGAUAUUGCGAUAGCCAUCAAGUGUGCGUCUAGGCGUUUAAUUCGGUGGCACACCGCGAUUUAAGCAGAAAACCCCAUGGUGGUCUGUCUCUCAUACUCAGCCGAAAAAGAACGUAAUGGAUACUGUAUUCAGAAUCUAGUACAUAUAUCGCGAGCGACAGGGUAACAGCAGUAGCAGCUUUGGUCUAAAAUCUAGGACCUGGCAUUGGAAGCCGCUAAUUGUAAGAGCUGGCAGGAAGUAUAAAACGAGGGAUGCUCCCUUGGUCCGAUUUAGUUCAUUUGAAAUCGAAGAUGAGUGAAGCCCGUCGCUCCCAGAGGCUGCAAGCCACGGAUUUUAGUAUAGCUCGUAUCCUUGCGACGGACAAUCCUUCUUCUUCGUCUUCUUUUUCCUCUUCCGGCAGCUCGGGAUCUUCGAAUCGCUUGGAAAUUUCUGAAAGCCGAGUUCCGAAGUCACCGACCAUUCCUAGUUGCUCGUGCUGUCCGUUAAUAAUUUUACCCACAAUUUCCAAUCCGGAAAGAAAUAAGUUUCUUCCCAUUAAAGAGAGAAGAUCAUCGUCGGCUGAUGAGGGACUUGAAAAUUCUAAUAGAGUUGAAAAGCAGUUACCGGAAACGUGUGGACCAAGUUCGGAAAGUGAAAAAAUAAGUGGGAGAACAAGUGAUUCGAAUAAAUGGCAACGGGAUAAUUCCGAGGGAAAUAAUGAUUUACCAUGGCUUCAUUGUACGAGGUAUCGACCCCCAAGAUUACCGAAGAGAUCUGCGGGUAAAAUAUCAAAGAGGAAACCUGGGAAACAUCCUAGGAUACCUUUUACAGCUUUUCAACUACAAAUUCUUGAAGACAAAUACAGCAAGGGCGCUUAUCUCGCGAGAAGAGAUGUGGUACAGUUGUCCUUGAUUUUACGGCUUCCACAGAGCAGAGUAAAAAUCUGGUUCCAAAAUCGACGCGCUAGAGAACGGCGCGAGUCUGUACAAUUGGAGAACGAUACAGAUACGAAUUGUGAUACAAAUAUUCUAAAAGUCGACUGAUUUCAAG